AUGAGCAUUUCAUCAAAACCAGAAACACUAAUUUUACAAUCAACUUUUUUCCUUCUUCUUUUGUUGUUUUUCAACGUUGAAGCCAAGUGUAGAAAAGGAUGUGACCUUGCCUUGGCUUCCUAUUACAUUUGGGAAGGAUCAAAUUUGACUUACAUCAGCAACAUUUUCAAACAAAAAAUCCCUGAAAUUCUUGUAUUCAAUCCUCAAGUUUCAAGCCCAGAUACUAUUCGAAGCGGUACGAGAAUCAAUGUCCCAUUUUCGUGUGAGUGUUUGAAUGGUGAUUUUUUGGGUCAUACGUUUGAUUAUAAAACUGUAAGGGGCGAUACCUAUGCUAAGGUUGUUGGGUUGGCGUUUGCUAACCUUACUACACAGUAUUGGAUCCAACGGGUCAACAGUUAUGAACCGACUCAGAUACCCGAUUUUGCUAUCAUCAAUGUGACGAUUAACUGUUCGUGUGGUGAUAGGCAUGUGUCGAAAGAUUAUGGGUUGUUCACGACGUACCCCCUUCGUCCUGGGGAGAACUUAUCUUCGGUGGCGAAUGAGACUGAUCUUCCGGCUGAUUUGUUGCAAAGAUUCAAUCCGGACUCGGAUUUUGGUGAUGGAUCCGAGAUUGUUUUUCUGCCGGCAAAAGGUUAG